AACUUUUCCAACACCAGCGCGCACGCCCGAUGGGUAAGAAGAGCAAGUCGUUUAUUAACAAGAAAGAAGCACAGCACUUUCAUGUCGUGCACCGCAGUCAGCGCGAUCCGUUGAUCAACGACCCCGAAGCGUCCAAGUUUGUUUUGCUCUCGUCCAAGCCGCUGCCGUCGGGCCGCAACGAGUUGGACGCGUAUGACUCGGACGACAGCGACCUCCCGGACCUUGUGCCCCAAGUGGCUGCUCCGUCCGGCAAGACGGUUCGAUUUGGCAAUGUCGUCGCCCGCGACCUGGUCAACGAGCUCGGGAUGGUGAAUGAUGGCUAUGAUUACUCCAAGCACAUGAAAGAGAUGGGACAAGGUCACUUUUACUCGGCCGGUGGGACGUAUGACGAGGGAGCUGGCCUGCUCAACAAGCGCGUGGUCCUCCCCGACGAGGUCAUGGCGAGUGCAAACGAACACGAUCGAAUGCUGGACGCCAUCACGUUGACGGAAGACGUCAUGGACGAAGACUUGCGAGAAGCGUUGGUGAACGACGAGGCUUUCGAAGAGCUCACGGACGAUUUCAUGCUCCAAGCUGCGCAGGAAUUGCCCGAUGACGCGGAUGGUGCCGACGUCGCAGCAGAUGGGUUCGAUUACGACGCACAUAUUGCCAAGUUGAUGGCGGCGGCUGAGGGCAUACCCAAGUACCGCGGUCAUAUCUCGGAUGACGAAGACGACGACGAAGAUGAUGACGAAGAAGGCUGCGAGUACACCGACGAGGAGCAUGAGGACGAUGGCCAGGACAAGGACGACGCGCAGCGCGCACUGGACGACGCAUUUGAGAAGCUCAUGGCCGAAGAAUAUGACGAUGAGCAAGUGGGAGAGCUUGAAGAAGAUGAAACCCGCGGCAAAUUGGUGCUGGAAGGCGACUUGCUCGACCAAAUCGUCGACGACUACGUGAACAUCCGGCAGGAAUUGAUGGCGGACGAAGGUCGGCUGGGCAACCCGCUGCGAUCUGGCAAUCGCCUCAAGGAGAUCCUGGCGGAAUGCGCUGUCGAGUUGGCCGACUCGGACGACGUCGUGAUGAAACCAACUGACCCCGUCCCGGCCGUGGAACAACCCGCCGACUUGUCCGACUUGUCCAGCAACCCGUACUUGGUGCAGCGCAUCGACGACCAAUGGGACUGCGAAACCAUCGUCAGCACGUACUCCAACCUAGACAACCACCCGACUGUGAUCCGGGAGCCGUCCAAAGCUCCCAAGAAGAAGACGAAAGCUCAGAAAAUUGCCGAAAGCUCGACGAUCGUGCUGUCAUCCAAGACAGGCAUGCCACUCAACAUAGUGCCGCUCGGGGCCACAGCCAUCAUCCCUGAAGAGGUAUCGGACGACGGCUCGGACGACGAGUCGACCCGACGAAAGGCGCUCCAGCUGAGUCGCAGCAAGGGCAAGACCAAGGAAGAGAAGAAAUUGCGCAAGGCGCUGGCAAAGAACCACAAGAAGGAGCGACGGGAAGAAAAGAAGGAAGUCAAGUUGCUCUACAAGGACGAGAAAUUGCGGCAAACGCAGACGGCGGGCCCGAACCUGUCGGUGUUUCGGUAUUAGGUCCAUCCCACUUCAACUCUUGCCGCCGUCCAUCACUCGUACACUACUUAAUAAAGCCGUCCACAGCAGCACAUUUGGUAGAGAACGUCUCUAGUGGAUGAGCGCAAUCGAUGACCCUGCACGACCUUCCGCCACAACAUGCGCUGAAAGAGGAACCUGCCUUCGUCGCCUUGCGUUGGGCAAAGCAUGGAAAGUUCAAGCAGGCAGACAUAUAUAUAGAAGACAAUAUUCAUUCCGUCG